CUGUCCAGCUAGCUGCUAGUGUUUCCUCGUGCAUCUGUGUGUGCUCUGGGUUAUGAGCAGCUGUAAGACGCCGCACUACAACCGAUACUCCGGAGGAGCAGCAGCAGCCGCCACAGCAGUCAUCCCCAGCAGCCCCACCACCCCCCCACUGACUCUAGCAGCACGAGCAAGAUGGAGGCCUCAUUCGUCCCUAAAGAAGGCACCUACAAGCAGCACAGAAGAACCCCCUCUUCCUCCAGCACUCUAACCUACUCUCCUCGCGAUGACGAUGAUGGAAUGCCUCCCAUUGGUACUCCUCGGAGGUCAGAUUCAGCCAUCUCUGUCCGAUCUCUCCAUUCCGAGUCCAACAUGUCUCUGCGUUCCACUUUCUCUCUGCACGAAGAAGAGGAGGACACGGAGCCCCAGGUUUUUGCUGAACAGCCGUCAGUAAAACUGUGCUGCCAGCUGUGCUGCAACGUGUUCAAGGACCCCGUCAUCACCACAUGUGGGCACACCUUCUGCAGACGAUGUGCCUUGACUUCAGACAAGUGCCCAGUGGAUGCGGCUAAGCUAACGGUUGUCGUGAACAACAUUGCGGUAGCCGAGCAGAUUGGAGAGCUGUUCAUUCACUGUAAAUACGGCUGCAGGGCCACAGCUAGCGCUGCAGGCGGGGCUGCUGCCUCCAACUCCACGGUGGCCGGGAAACCUGGAGCAUAUGAGGUGGACCCGCUGGGCUGUCCGUUCACCAUCAAAUUGUCCGCACGCAAAGAACAUGAGGCCAGUUGUGACUACAGGCCGGUCCGCUGCCCCAACAACCCCUCCUGCCCCCCGCUGCUCACCAUGAACCUGGAGGCUCACCUCAAAGAAUGUGAGCACAUCAAAUGUCCACACUCCAAAUAUGGCUGUACGUUCAUUGGUAACCAGGACACAUAUGAAACACACCUGGAAGUGUGUAAAUUUGAGGGUUUGAAGGAGUUUCUGCAGCAGACUGAUGACAGGUUCCAUGAGAUGCAGCUGACUCUGGCCCAGAAGGACCAAGACAUUGCUUUCCUGCGCUCCAUGUUGGGCAAACUAUCAGAAAAGUUAGAUCAGCUCGAGAAGAACCUGGAGCUCAAAUUUGAUGUGUUGGAUGAGAACCAGAGUAAGCUGAGUGAGGACCUGAUGGAAUUUCGCAGAGACGCCUCCAUGCUUAAUGAUGAGUUGUCCCACAUCAACGCCAGGCUCAACAUGGGGAUCCUGGGCUCAUAUGACCCCCAGCAGAUCUUCAAGUGCAAGGGGACAUUUGUUGGCCACCAGGGUCCCGUUUGGUGUCUGUGCGUCUAUUCCACCGGGGACCUGCUCUUCUCUGGCUCUUCAGAUAAGACCAUCAAGGUAUGGGACACCUGCACAACCUACAAGUGUCAGAAAACCCUAGAGGGUCAUGAUGGCAUCGUACUGGCACUGUGUAUCCAGGGAAACAAGCUAUACAGUGGCUCUGCAGACUGCACCAUCAUCGUGUGGGACAUCCAGACCCUGCAGAAAGUCAAUACUAUCCGUGCCCAUGACAACCCUGUAUGCACACUGGUCUCCUCACACAACAUGUUGUUCAGCGGCUCCCUAAAGGCCAUUAAGGUGUGGGACAUCGUUGGUACGGAGCUAAAGCUGAAGAAGGAGCUGACCGGGCUGAAUCACUGGGUUAGAGCACUGGUGGCCUCCCAGAACCACCUUUAUAGUGGCUCCUAUCAGACCAUCAAGAUUUGGGACAUCCGGUCUCUGGAGUGUGUUCAUGUCCUGCAGACCAGUGGGGGCAGCGUCUACUCCAUCGCUGUCACCAACCACCACAUCGUCUGUGGCACUUAUGAAAACCUCAUCCACGUGUGGGACAUUGAGUCUAAAGAGCAGGUGCGGACCCUGACAGGUCAUGUGGGAACAGUUUAUGCUCUUGCUGUCAUCUCCACCCCUGACCAGACCAAAGUGUUCAGCGCCUCCUACGACCGCUCACUCAGGGUGUGGAGCAUGGACAACAUGAUCUGUACCCAGACCCUGCUGAGACACCAGGGCAGUGUAACAGCUCUAGCUGUCUCCAGAGGGCGCCUCUUCUCUGGAGCUGUGGACAGCACCGUCAAGGUGUGGACAUGCUAAGCAAACAGUCUGCUCGACUCCAGUCGACUUCACAUGGCGCUCAAACGGUAACCUUUCCACACGAUUUCCUCCUCUGCACCCGUUUCUUUGAUUGUGAUUUGCCGGCCACAGACCGAUAAUGUCCGCCACUUCACAGUCAAGCUGCAUCGGAACUAUUUUACUAAGUGUUGCUUUUAAAACUCCAAACAAACAGUCCGACACAUGGACCCGACAGUCAGUGUCGAGGGUCACACUCCUCAGUGACCUCAUCAUCAGUGCAUUACUGGGCAAAACAAGAUGAGCUGCCUUACAGUUGCACCGCACUGCACCUGCACCAAAUCCGAGAGCGACUGGACGCUGCAUCCCCGUAGUCAGAGCAGGAAGACGGUCCUGCCUGCUUCCUGCGGACACACCUGCCAUUAUGAACUGUACUGAUGCCUAAUGCAUACUGUUGAAAUAAGUGUAAGGGCUGGUUUCACAAAUAUGGAGUGACACCACUCUUGCUCCAAAUGUACAUGUUAUCCCAUAAUGCACCGAUCAAAGGAAAGAAAUAGGUUAUUUUAUGCAAAUGAAGUAGCAGCAGUUUUAUGUUAAAAUAUAUGUGAAGACCAGAUAUAUUCUCUUUCCAUAUACUUCAAUUGGUGGCCAUCUGAUGUGUGUCUCGAAGACAUCACAAGACACACAUCAGAUGGCAACAAGUGACUCCUGUUUACUGCAGUGCUCAGAGCAGUGACAGUAAAGGCCAGUUUAUUGUCUAUUUUACUCUAAAUGGGACCAUCAGUUACUAAAUGAACAUCAUGCUGUAUGAGAGAAGACUGAAACUCAUCAGGAAACUGUUUACUGAGUUCAUAAAUCAAGCGAGAACUUGAAAGUCAUUUCUUUAUAACAAUCAAUAUUAUAAGACUUUUGCAGCCAAUGCUUGCUCCCUUCUGGCCAUUAGAAAGAAUGCAGGUUUAAGACACUUCUGUGUUGGCUUCACUUUACAGACCUGAAGUUCUAGUAUUGGAAUUGGUAUCAGAAAAACUAAAUGCUGAAUAUUGCAUCCAAUAAUUGGUUUAUCCCUACUCUGUAAUACAUCCUUGAUCACACCUCACAGAUCUGAUAGAACCUUCAAAACUAAAGAAAAAGUUUCCAUCCUGUUUUUCUGCAUUAUUUCUUCACUGCUUCAGCUUCGUUUCUCACUUUUUUUUAACACAGAUUUCAGUUUUGCGAUACAUUUAAUGGAAAGCUAAUGAGUAACUCCUCGGUCCAUUUACCUUCACAUUGACGGCUCUAGGCUGGUUUAUAGACAGCCAGAGUGAACACAAGCCAGACCACAACUGAAAUGUGACAGUGUCGUUUUUUUCCUUUGGUUUAGACCAAAUGAACCAAACUACAGGUGUGAAAGCGACUGUAGAAACACAGAUGAGAGGAAAGAGAAGCAUAAAAGAUCAAAGAAAGGACAGUGCAUUUUUCCUCAUUGUUUCGUCCCUGCUUGUUGGGUGUUGUUGCCACCCAGUUAAGCUCUGUGAAACCAGCCUUUAUAAACCACCUUGUAAUAAGUGAAGACUUUAAAGAGAACGACAGAUGUGUAGAUUGACUAAAUUUUAUAUUAGUGCCAUGAUAUUCAGAGCCACUCAACGGUUGUACAGUUGUGUAAAAUAACAGAGAGCACCGAGCCUGGACGCGUGCCCGUCACAAUGACUCACACUGGCCUACAUAGCAAAGGGGGAUAGGGGGAGAGGAACACCGUCUGUGUGUGUGUCUGUUAUUGUGUAUAUGUGUGUGUGUGUUUCAAUGAGUGCCAUAUGCGUGGAUGCUGAGUCCCCUCUUCCUGUCUCUCCCUCCACCCCUCUAACACCAACUGGUUAGAAUGAACAAAACUACAGAGGAAUACUGAUUGUUGUUUUAUAACUGUAACUCUUGGCGGACUCGCAACGAAGGCGAGCAGUUGAUUGUGUAAUUAACCUCAAAACCCCCAGAUGUAAAUGCAGAGUAAGUGCCAUUGCAAAGUCCUGCUUUCCUAAAUUACUGUAUGUUUUCAGGACCCAUAUUGGGUUGAAAAGCUUAAAAAAGACAAAAUGCCUGGGAGGGGAGUUGUAAUAAGACGUAAAUCCACACCGAAUUUAGACACGCAGGCUGAAUGAGGUUUUCACAGUUUAGUAUUUUGCCUUCCUUUCAAUGCAGAUCUGAACACACCACUUACUGGUGACAAAGGUAGUGGGGAGAAGAGAGAGUGUCUUCACCGGUCACAGUUUUGGUGAUUUCUUGUAUACUUGUAAUCAUGUAAGCCUGAGUUGAUCAUUGAUCAAUAAAACUGUUGUACACUUUGACAAA